CCGGGAUCUCGCCGCCCGCGCCGCCAGGACGCCAGAUCCACCGCCCGCACGGCUGCUCGCCGGAGCCUGCCGUUCCUCGCCAAAGGAGCCGCCGCUCCAGAUCCGGGACUCCCCACGCAAAGGCAGGGCAGCCGAGGCCCCGCCGCCACCAUCCUUGGCGCCCCGGGCUUGCCCGGCGGCUGCCUCAGGCGGCGGCGAGGAAGGGAGGGGGAGGUGAGCCUGGUGGCACGGCUAGGAUUCGCCCCCCCUUGUCCCAAUGCACUCGUAAUGCAUAUAUAGUCCCUCCUAAUCAUUUUGUGUUUGUUUCUUGUCAAGAUUCAGAUCGAAUUUUCGACAUCAGACACGUAUUUUGUUAAUCAGAUGCUGAAGGUAAGAUCAGGACACAAAAAACAUAUGGGACUUAAUAAUUAGCAGUUUCAUUUUGAUAUACUGUGCGGAAACACUUAUUUUCCAGGAAUCUAGCUUCAUGUAAGCAUGCAAAGUUGAUUUUUUACAUCCAAUUUGACCAAUUGCAGAAAAAAUCAAUCCUCUCCACUUGAAGGUAGGUGAUGCACACAGAUUUCUUCUUACCUUGCAAGCACCGUUGGAUGAAGACAGUACUGUAGGCAUGAUCAUGAUCAUGGAGAAGCGCAUGCCGUCUUGCUGUCCCUCCCCGGCUUGCCUCGAUCUUGCAUGAGAGGUUUAUUUGCGUAGGACUGUCGGGGGAUAAUUGGAUCGAGUAGGAGUUGUUACGUGGAAGAGGAGCUAGCUGGGCGAUCCUUUGGCUAGGUGACGAGGAAGAAAUUGAGACGGCUGGCCGUUGUAUGGGAGCACGGCCAGAGAUGGAGUUCGAUAAGGUCUGCACCUAACCGAGAAGGUUUAGCUACCCAUAACAAUAUCCUUAUCGGAUAUAACUUGGGGAAGGCCAAGGCGUACGCCCUACUAUAUAAGCUCGGCCACCCACGCCCCAAACAAAUCACAACCAACCUUCCUCAAGUCGUUUGUUCCCCCGAGCAAUCGAGUUGUGUUCCCGGCGGGCGAUCGAUCGAUCUUGCUGAGCAUCAUGGUUUCCGCCGACGUGGCCCGCAACAUCGUGGGCAUCAUUGGCAAUGUCAUCUCCUUCGGCCUCUUCCUCUCCCCUGUGCCGACGUUCUGGCGUAUCUACAAGGCCAAGGACGUGGAGGAGUUCAAGCCGGACCCCUACCUGGCGACGCUCAUGAACUGCCUGCUCUGGUUCUUCUACGGGCUCCCUAUCGUCCACCCCAACAGCACCCUCGUCCUCACCAUCAACGGCAUCGGCCUCGUCAUCGAGGGCGCCUACAUCAUCAUGUUCAUCAUCUACGCGGCCAAGAACACAAGGUGGAAGAUGCUCGGCGUGCUCGCCAUCGAGGCGGCGUUCAUGGCUGCCGUGGUUGCCGGUGUGCUCGUCGGCGCCCACACCCAUGAGAAGCGCUCCAUGAUCGUAGGCAUCCUCUGCGUCAUCUUCGGCUCCAUCAUGUACGCCUCCCCGCUCACCAUCAUGGGUAAAGUGAUCAGGACCAAGAGUGUGGAGUACAUGCCGUUCUUCCUGUCGCUGGUAAACUUCCUCAACGGUCUCUGCUGGAUGGGCUAUGCGCUCAUCAAGUUUGACAUCUACAUCACGAUCCCCAAUGCCCUCGGUACAAUCUUUGGCCUCAUCCAGCUGAUCCUAUACGGGUACUACUACAGAUCGACCCCCAAGAAGGGCAAAAUCGUCGAACUGCCCACCGUCCUCACCAAAAACGCCGUUACCAGUGGCGACCUCUCGGUCACCAUUGAGAAAUAAGCUUGGCGUUGUUUUUAGCCCUAAAGAUUUUGAGUAGUUAAUACCGGAUGAUACCAACAGGUCUGAUUGUUAAUUAGUAGUACUUUUUGUUAGCUAGUAGAGUCUGAGAUUGCCUUUAAUUUUGUGAACAAUUGUCGUCUGUCCGAGACUAUAGUGCAAAUUGCAAGUGUAUAUAUAAAUACCAAUGCAGCUGAGUUAUCCCAGAGAUAUAUUAUGACACCACAUA